AUGGCGUUUAUGGCAGGAAGGGAGCUUGCAGUUGUGACAAUGGCAUUUCCGCAUCUUGUUCUCUCUCAGUCUUGCAUUCCACCUCUCGUUCGUCUUUCUUUCUUCCUCUCUAGCUUAAAGCAGAAAAGAAGACCGAGAGAGAAACAGAGGAGAAAAGAAGCGAAGAUCAAGCUCACUCUCUCUCUUCAUGUUCUGUUUAUUGUGUCGAAGGCGGCAGCUCCAACCCACUCUAGGGGAGUGAGAAAACCCAGCUUCUUCCUCUUCUUCAACUUCAACACCGCCACCCUCCUCCGCCCUCCCCUCGCGCUCUCUCUCCUCUACUCCUCUGCCAUCAGCAACUCCAUUCUUGACCCCUUAACGCCUCUCACUUCUUCCACCCCUUCCUUCACACUCCAACAUCGCAUCCAAUUCCCCAACCAUUACCUCCUCCUCCUUCUACUCACCAACCACCACAUCAACCCCCACCAACUUGAAUGUGUCUAUUAUUACGAGGCGAGCCUUGAUAGAGAGAGCAACAUCAUUAUUGUGUUCGUGAAGGGUUUAAAUCUGAGACCACACAAGGUUUCCAAUUUGACUCAUUUUCGGUGCCACUUUGGGUUCAAGAACUUGAACAAAGACGGUUCGUUUUUUAUAACGACGAGGACGGUUUUGGUGGCGCAAGAAGUUGUGAGGUGCUUGCUGCCGCAGGGUGUUAGGAACAACACUGAUAGGGCUAAAGGGGUUGGGGUUACUGUGAGCCAUUUGAGUGGAAAUUUUCGGUACCCAGUUUGCACCAUAUUACUGUCUAUCGCUAGAAUUGAUGGAAAUGAUAAGAAAAAGAGGGAAAAAUAUGAGCUUUGUGUAUGUACCAUGGUGUGGAACCAGGGUUCUGUACUGAGGGAGUGGGUUAUGUACCAUGCUUGGCUUGGUGUGGAGCGUUGGUUCAUAUAUGAUAACAAUAGUGAUGAUGAUAUUGAGGAGGUGAUUCAGGAUCUUGAUUCUCAAGGGUUUAAUGUUACUAGGUAGGUAUGGCCUUGGAUCAAGACUCAAGAAGCUGGGUUUUCUCACUG